UGUUCAAAGUGGUAUCGUCCGUUUAAAGGCGCUGGGGCUAACCAGACCGGAUUAACCAGAGAACGACAACGUCACCCCUGGGCCAACUAGAAUGUUUUUAGACAAACACGAGUGACGUCAUUAAUAAAACACCAAAUAUCCUGCGAAGUAAUUCGACAAAGUUCGACCAUGUCCACACCGGCCCGAAGGAGACUCAUGAGGGAUUUUAAACGGCUACAAGAGGACCCUCCAGCUGGUGUCAGUGGUGCCCCAUCUGAAAACAACAUUAUGGUGUGGAAUGCAGUUAUUUUUGGCCCUGAAGGAACUCCGUUUGAAGAUGGUACUUUUAAACUCAUUGUAGAGUUCACAGAAGAAUACCCCAACAAGCCUCCCACAGUACGAUUUGUGUCAAAGAUGUUUCAUCCUAAUGUUUAUGCAGAUGGUAGUAUUUGUUUGGACAUCCUGCAGAACCGUUGGAGUCCUACUUAUGACGUGUCUUCUAUUCUUACCUCCAUCCAGUCUUUGCUGGACGAGCCAAACCCCAACAGUCCAGCCAACAGCCAGGCCGCACAGCUUUACCAGGAAAACAAGCGCGAGUACGAGAAGAGAGUUUCCGCCAUCGUAGAACGAAGUUGGCGAGACAGUUGACCUGGCUGACCUCACCCAGCCAAAGUGAUCUGCCUGCCAAGAGGGAAUUUGUUUUUUUAUCUUAUAUUUUAGCCUUGAUUCUUGCCUUAUUUGUGGGCUCCAGCUUUACUUUAUCAUGCUUAAUGUCCUGGGUGCUUCGUAGAUGAUGUCAUCCCCCCUCCCCUCCUGAGCAUUAUGGACUCCAAAAAUUGUUACACCAUGUUUUUCGUUGGGUUUUUUUGCAUGCACGACCUGUUGGAUAUCCAUACCUCCUUUCUUAAAAUACUUGUGUAUAUAAGAAACCUGCAUCUGAAUAUAUAUGUACAGAUUUUGCA